AUGGCGCUCCAACCGCACGAGCCUGCGCCAAUCGCGCCUCAGUCCUCCCUAUCGUUCACCCAGGGUUUUCUGCUCGGCCAGCUCUCCGUCGUUCUACUCAUUGGCGCCUUCAUCAAGUUCUUCAUCUUCGGUGAAGCCCCGCCGCCUCCCUCGCGCGGCCUCUCGAACCGCACAACCCACCGCCGCAACAGCUCUGUGUACAAUCCCUCUCAAGAUGGCCAGAAGACUCUACGAGAAAAACCAUCCACCUCCAAUGUCCUACGUCCGGUCCCUGCCUCUGCCACCAAUACUCGCUCAAUCCUCCGCAAGACCUACUACAGCGCCAUUCCGACCAACCCCGCCAAACAUGGCAGGCAUCGGCUGCACCACUCAUCCCAUCAGCCAGAGUCGCUGGACUGGUUUAAUGUCUUGAUUGCUCAGACAAUUGCUCAGUACAGGCAGACAGCAUACACUCUCAAGGAUUCGCCCACAUCCUCAAUUCUGAGCUCCUUGACGGCGGCGAUGAAUAACCCUGAGAAGAAACCCUCCUUUAUAGACAAAAUCACCGUGACGGAUAUCUCACUAGGAGAAGAGUUCCCAAUUUUCAGCAAUUGCCGAAUAAUCGCCGUCGAUGACCCCAAUUCUGAUGGCGGCAGACUGCAGGCCUUAUUAGAUGUCGAUCUUAGCGAUGACAACCUCUCCAUCGCAGUCGAAACUUCCAUGGUUCUCAAUUACCCCAAGCCGCGCUCUGCCAUUCUCCCAGUCGCGCUCUCAGUCUCGGUUGUCAGGUUCUCGGGCACACUGUGCAUUUCUCUGAUCCCGGCACAAACCGACCCGCUUCACACUCCAGCUACAUCACCGACACCACCCGCCGAGGCUGGUCCUAAUGGCCCCAACCAAGCCCCAGGCUCCCCAGGCGCCGAGUCACAGGACCAGCCGCCCAAAAGCAGCCCCAAAAGCAACGUCGCAUUUUCAUUCCUGCCGGAUUACAGGUUAGACCUUUCAGUCCGUUCUCUCAUCGGAUCCCGCAGCAGACUCCAGGAUGUACCAAAAGUCGCUCAGCUAGUCGAAGCACGCGUGCACGCCUGGUUUGAAGAACGUGUUGUCGAACCCAGGGUCCAAGUCGUCGGGCUCCCAGACCUAUGGCCACGCAUGGGCCGAACUGGCGUGCGGACCGGUGAAGACUCAGACGCCGGGUCCACAGCACCACCGCGAAGUCCUGGCUCCACCGAAGCUGGCGGAUCGAUCCGGUUCGCCGAGGACCGUGAGCCGGAGGGCUUACGAUUCCGCGGCGGGUUGGACGCACGGUUAGGUCUAGGUGGGCUCGGAGCUGGGUCGCGCAGCAGCAGUUUCAACGUGGAUAUGGGUGGUCUGCGCAGUCCCAGUAUGACACGGCAAGACAGUGCCAGUGGGUUUAGCGACCAGUUAAAUAUGCCCGGUAGCAUGCCGGACCGAGUUGCGACGCCUAGGGAAUGA